AGCAACGGAAUGAUUUCCAUUUUGGGUAAUCAUUUUGUCGUAUUGGUUAAAGUUUGGGUUAAGAUUAGGAUUGUUAUUGGGUUACGGUUAGUAUUAUGCAUAAAUCGGUUACGGCUAAAAUUAGGGAAAGGCCGUAGAAAUUGAAUUUAAGUUAAUAAGCAGUUCCGUGGCUAUCCUAGGAAACGCAGCACGAACUGAGGUGAGGGGUCAGGCUACAGCAAGCUAGCCGGUUGAGCCAGAACACAUCGGAGUGUAUUUUAAUUUAAAUUAAAAGUGAGAUUAUCACUUAAAUAGCCGCUACAACGCCUGUUAGUGCUUUCAUAUGGAGGAGUAAACCCGGAGGAGACCGGGCCAUGAGCAGCGCAGCUCCCCGCCGCCUCACGCACCAGCAGCGGGUCGGGCUCUUGUGAUGGCUGGGCUCCGGGACGCGGACCCCUUCGUGGAGGACAGCUUCAGCCGCUUCCCGUCGCAGAGCAACAUGUACGGGCUGUGUCAGGCCGGGGAGCAGCAGCUGCUGGCGGCCACGCUCAAGGGCAAGGUGGUGUGUUUCCGCUACCAGGACCUGCAGCACAAGAUCAGACCCGUGGCCAAGGAGGUGCAGUUCACCUACAUCCCAGUCGAUGCAGAGAUUGUUUCAAUUGAUGCCUUCAACAAGUCUCCACCCAACAGAGGCCUGGUGGUGGGAAUCACCUUCAUAAAGGACUCGGGUGACAAAGCCACUCCGUUUCUUAACAUCUACUGCGACUACGAGCCCGGCUCCGAGUUCAACCUGGAGUCGAUUGCGCAAAGCUGCCUGAAUCUGGAGCUGCAGUUUACUCCCUUCCAGCUGUACCACACAGAAGUGCAGUGUGAAGACGGAGGCAGCGAGACGGUGUUUCUGCUCAGCGGUCACGACCAGAGGAUCCAUCUGUACAAGGAGAACGCCUCCCUCCACCAGUUUGAAGAGCAGCCAGUGGAGAGGCUCUUCCCUGAGCUGCAGCAGCUGCCCAGCAAUGUGUUGUGGCUCGAUGUGAUGAGUAUUCCCGGGGGUCGACGCCUCUCGGCGUUUGGCUGUCAGAACGGCUGUGUUGGACUGGCUCUGGUCAACCAGACGGGACCAGAGGUUUUGCAGAGUUGGCGGGUGCAGCUGGACAGUCCGGUCUCCACAGUGCUGCUGUUCCCCCUGAGCUGCCAAACGGAGGCCAGCCAGACCACCGGGGAGAAAAGUGUGGAUUUGUCAGGCUACAACCUUCUGGUGACCAGUACCAUUGAAAUGGCAGUCGUCUACAGAGACGUCCAGGAGUGCGGCAUGUCUCGUCCCACGUACCUCUCAGAGAGCGACCAGUGGGACGCGGUGCUUUGCGCCCUGGUCAUUGACCUGGAUUUUGACGGGCAGAAGGAGGUGCUGCUGGGAACCUACGGACAGGAACUUCUUUGUUAUAAAUUCCAACCACCAGCGAGCGGAGGACAGGGACAGUUUCAGCUGCUGUGGAGGCGGAGCUUCAAGAGUCCUCUGUUGUCCAUCAUCUACUUGGACCUGACAGGGGAUGGCCUGAGAGAGCUGGCGAUCCUCACUCUGAAGGGGCUGCAUAUUUUGCAGCACAGUCUCACCAUCACAGCCGAUUUGGUCCUGGAGCGGCUGGCCCACAGGGUCUCCAUGUUGACGUCCGGCUCUGAGUUGGAGUUAGCCAAAGGUCAAGACAACGCAGAGCGGGACGCCUCAGCUCAGAGAGAGGAGUGUCCGCCUCAGCCAUCAUCAAAUUAACAACUAACCAUGCAUAUUGUUUACUCGCUCCAGUGACAACACUGUUAUUUAAAGGUGCAGUGGGAAGGAUUUUCUCAAUCACAGCUCACUACUGGUGAUUAGUGAAAUUAACUGUGAAGGAACAUUACUGGUGUUUUGCUAUUGAGAAAAAGUGAUAGAACAAACAACAGCUGAUUUAAAAACAACAGCAACAACAACAUUUCACAUAAGCACAGUUAAUGUAGUAGCAGUAGUUGUCAUCUCUGUCGCUGUUAAUUUGACACUGAAAGAGGAAAUCCCUAAGGAUUAAUGAAGGGUCAUCAUGUAGAGUGUGUUCCUGAAAUGAGUGUUUAUAAUGUGGAGUUUGGGUACAUUGUUGAACUAUGGGAAGUGUACAAUAAUUUGUAAAUAAUAAAUGAAAAAGAACCUGUA